UAUCAAGUCACUGUUAUUCAGCUAUGGCUGAUGAAGUAGAUGAAGAUCGUUCUAAUGAAGAAGAUUUCCAGGAGUCUGAUUUUCGAAAUGAAGGUGUUGGAGAUGAGCUCACAGAUGUAGAGGUUGAAUCUCUAAAAAGGGAAUUACAAUCAGAGAUUUCAGAGUUGGAAUGGGAAUUUAAACAAGUCAAAGAGUUAUUAUACAAUGAAAGAUUAAUGCAAGCAGAAAAUAAAUUAUCUCAAGCCAAAUCGGGUACUGCACCAGAAUUUCUUCAUGUUGUAUCUUUGGUCGAAGAAUCGUAUAAGAUUAGAUCACAGGUGGCAAAAUACAGAAUGCGAUUCGCUGUGGAAGUAGUCAAUAAAGAGGUGGACAACGAAUUACUACUUGUUGAAUGUGAUGCCAAGGAGCGACUUCUAGCAGCUGAAGAACAGAUUCGUGUACGUCUUCAAGAGAGUAUCUGUAAACUUCAAUAUGAGCGUAUUGUUCGUGGAUAUAAAACUCCUAAAAAUAUUGAUAAAGAAUCUUCAAUAUCUUCAGAUCAAUCUGAUAUUUAUCUCCCUAGCCCAAAUCUUGAACCUCGAAGGAAACCAGUUACCCUAUCUCCAACCACUCCAAAACUUAUAUAUCAAAUUCCUGAGGAAGAUAUUCAAUCAGAUAUUGAGUUUAUUUUAGCAGCUGUGAAAAAACACAAAUUGGCCUUUGCUAUAUCUCAGUUCGACGGUGAGAAGAUAUCAUUGUAA